UGCUGGCAGAACAAAGAUAAUCUUUGGAAGAAGAUGUUAGAAUGUAUGAAGAAUAUAGGAUAUUUUGAAGAGGAAGAAACAGAUGAGAGUGAGAGUGAAGAGGAUGAAAAGGAAAAUACGAAGAAUGACGAAAAGGAGAAUAAUGAAGAUGGACAUGAAGAUGAGUAUGAUGAAGUGAAUGAUGAGAAUGAUGAAGAGAAGGAUGAAGAGAGGGAUGAAAAUUAUGAUAGUGAUAGUGUGAAUAAUGAGGACGAAAAUGAAAAUGAGAAUAGAGAUAAUGAUAUUAGAAAUGAUAGUGAUUAUAGCACCGAGAACAAAAAUGAAAAUGAAGAUAGAGAUGAUAAUAAUAGAAGUG